UCAAAAUCUGCAGGGCUCCUGUGGCACACCAGCCACGUCACUUAUGGAAUCAGUGUCUGUUGGCGACAAAAAUUCUUUUCUGCGCAUUCUCCAGCAGCAAUUAUACUAGAAACAAGCACAAUGCAAGUUGAGAUGAGUUCCGCUACGGGAGACCGCUGCGACAUAUGUCUCACAGCAAACGAAAAUCCUCGUUCUGUGAUAAUGGAAGAUCCGAGGCAUCCUCAGAAACCAUUGCCAAAUUUAACACUAUUUGAGGAGUUGAAACAAUCUAGGAAUCAAAAAGUGCUUUCUGAUAUGAAGAAUGCCUUAAGCAGAUUGACUCAAACAGCACCUGCCAGCAGAAGACAUAUAGUUCAGACGGAGCUUGAUGGCUUCAGUCAGUUAUUUGAACAUUUCCUCUUUGAAGAAGCACAACACAUAAUCUGGGAUCAUAUAAGUGUUCUACCUAAAGAUGCUGUUCAAGAUUACUCAACAUUGCACUUACCAUCAUCAGAAAAAAUACAUCAGUUGCUCAGUAAACUGAUUGUUGUAAAGCUGAAUGGUGGACUUGGGACGUCAAUGGGUUGUGAGGGACCAAAAUCUGUUAUUACAGUCAGAAAUGACAUGAACUUCCUUGAUCUGACAGUGGAACAAAUACUAUACCUGAAUUCAACAUAUGGCACAAAUGUUCCAUUGGUGUUAAUGAACUCUUUUAACACUGAAAGUGAAACUCAAAAAAUGAUAGAAAAGUACAAAGGUUUGAAUGUGCAAAUACAUUGCUUUAAUCAGAGCUGUUACCCUCGAAUAAAUGAAAGCUCAUUCCUUCCAGUUACAGCAGACUGUGAUAUCAAAAGUAACAAGGAAGCGUGGUACCCCCCUGGUCAUGGAGAUUUUUAUGAAAGUUUCAGCAAUUCGGGGCUUCUUAAUCAAUUCAUUGAAGAGGGACGCAAGUACUGUUUUAUAUCAAACAUUGACAAUUUAGGUGCUGAAGUUGAUCUGAAAAUUUUAAAUCUGAUGGACAGUGCGCAAAGUGUGCAUGGCGGAGAACUUGAGUUUUUAAUGGAAGUUACUGAGAAAACAAAGGCAGAUGUUAAGGGUGGUGCAUUAGUCAUAUAUGAAGAGAAGCUUCAGCUGCUUGAGACGGCACAAAUACCUAAAGAGCAUUUAGAAGACUUUAAAUCUAACCCAAUUUUUAAAUACUUCAACACAAAUAAUUUAUGGAUACAGUUAAAUGCUGUGAAACGAAAUGUCGAAGAAAAGUGGCUAGAAAUGGAAGUCAUUGUUAAUAAAAAGAAGAUGUCAAAUGGACUCCCUGUUAUACAGCUUGAGACAGCAGUGGGGGCUGCGAUUAAAUCUUUUGAUGGAAGCAAAGGAGUCAACGUUCCACGCCGUCGCUUUUUACCAGUUAAAAAAACUUCUGAUCUGUUGCUGGUGAUGAGCAAUCUGUAUAAAUUGAAGAACGGAUCACUUUCAAUGAAUCCUCUUCGAGGAAGUGACACGGUACCCCUUGUUCACCUUUCUGAAGAGUAUUAUAAGGAGGUGAAGGACUUUCUGGCCAGAUUUCAAAAUAUCCCAGAUAUUCUGGAAUUGGAAUUUCUAACAGUAUCUGGAAACGUUUAUUUUUCUAAGGGAGUAUCUUUAAAGGGUACAGUUAUAAUUUUUGGUAAUGGCAGCAACAAAGUCUGCAUUCCACCAAAUGCUCUGUUACAAAACAAAAUAGUCAAAGGUGCCUUAAAUAUUUCUGAUUUUUAACGAAAUUAUUUUAUAGAGAUUUUUGUGAAGUUAUUGGCUUCAACAUAGCACAAGGUCUUCUGAACUUGUUUACAGCUAUAUUUUUAUUACCAAGGGUUUUAUCUGGACAAUCUAUAAUUCUUGUAUUCAGCAGUAUAUAUAAUUUCCGUGAUAGUAUAUCAGUUUUAGAUAAAAAUUUUCUCAUGUCUAUGAAAAAAUAUUUCGUGAAUAUUUUUUUCACUAAAUGAUGUAUCAGAUAUAUUAUGAACUCGUGUUAAAAGGUGAGUGAAGAUAUUGACAGCAAUUCGCUGUAAAAUCAACUGCACAUUGUAUGCAAUGGAUUUAAAUUAAAAACUGCAUCUCUAAAUA